GUCCAUUGAGAAAUGGCAACACGUUUGAACACACUCUCCAAUUCAUGAACUAGUUUGGGCCUACAAAGUCAACUUAACCAGUGUUCCCAACACCACUUUGAAACAAACAUGUCGUUCAUUCAACGAACACUUAAAAAAGCAGAAGAUUUCUUGGAGUCGUUUGAUGAGAACGUUGCCAACUAUUCACGAAAGGUAGCCUUGGAAAGUUCGGAGUGGGAAGACGACGAGAGUGCUUUCAACACUCCGUUACCAGAAGUAUCUGAAAAUCUCGUUCCAACUUAUCAAGACAAAAAUACUUUAGACAUUUCCAACUCAACGUAUUCUGAGAAUAAGACACAGGAACCUUCAACUACGGUGUACAAAGCCAAACCACAGUCCAAGGAAACGGACGAAGAGUUUACAGAUAUUGCUUUUGUUACUGAAGAUGCCAAGGUUGUUUCUUCAUUUCGUAGAGAAGGUCGUCCAUCUGAUUCUUUUCGUUCUAAUGAAUACAGAAAUCAGUUGACAGAAAUUACUAGGGAAAGAAAUGGUUAUGCAAGACAACUACAAAAGGCAAAGGAAUUAUUAGAAGAGUUACAGUUCGAGCUUGGUGAAGAAAGAAAGCGUCAUCGUCAGUUAGAAGAGGAAAAGGAUGAACAAAUAUUUGCGUUGGAAAGAAAGUUGGAGGAAGUCGAUUGGCAAUUGGAACAACUUGGGAGAGAAAAGAAAGAUGCACUGGAUGCAUAUCAGGUAGCCAUGGGAGAACGAGAAGAGAGGAUCAAACAACUCAUGGAAGAGUGCUCAGCUUAUCGACAGAAAGCAAAUCAUCUGCAAGAGGAGUUGGAAAGAAAGUCACAAGAACAACAAGACUUGCAUUUUUCCGUACAUGAAGAAAUAAGGAGACUAUCAGAAGAGUUGGAGAAGGAAAAGACGUCUCAUCAAUCCACGAGAAGCAGUUAUCAAGAAAAGGUUCAUGAAUGGGAAGCUCAGUUCUUUGCAUUUCAAGAAAAGGAAGCCGAGUUUGAAAGGAACUUGUUUAUGGAGCAGCAAGAAAAUAAGACGCUUGCUAAUAGAAUUCAGGAAUUGGAGUAUCAUUUGGAAAUGGAAAGAAAUCGAUAUGCACAAGUACAGCAACAGUUGGAAAGCAUGCAGAAUUGUACAAAGGGAGAUAAAGAAGAGAAGCAAGUGUGGAUGGAACGAUUAGAGUCAUUAUCUCAACAGCUAGAAGAACGCGAUGAGAGAAUUCGUUAUUUGGAAAGACAAAUGGCUACUCUUCAAGAAAGGGAGGAAACAACAGAAUAUUAUCCACAGACAAUGAAGUCAGAUACGAGCACAGUGGAAGAGUCGACUCCUCUACCAAAGGAAUAUGAAGAGAAGAUUCAAAUAUUGGAAGCUAAACUAAAGCAAAUGACAGACUCAUUGUUAGAAAAGCAAAAUCAGAUGGAAAGUCUUCGAAGUACUGCUCGUGUUUUAAGCUCACAAUUAGACACUGAAAGACGUCGAGCCUCACAGUUGGAAGCCAUGACACUUGACUCGAUGCAGCGGAAUAAUGCUUCAGGUUAUUAUUACUCUACAGGAGAUUGGAAUUUAUCUGAAACUUCCAAUUAUAGACCUCUUAGAAUAAGAAGAGCUCCUCGAAUAGUUCAAAAAUUGCUCAAAGUAUUGGACCGUUUCUUCGCUCUUUGUUUACUCAUUUUAAGACGCGAGCCCCUUAUUCGUUUUUCUCUCUUUAUUUAUAUUUUCUUCAUCAACAGCGAAUAUGCAGAUUUGCCAUUAAAGAUGACUGAUGGAACGAGGAUAGAAUGGCAACUCAACCAAUCACCACUCAGUUUGUAUUACGUCACAAGUCCUGUACCUUUGAAAGCUUUUGCUUGUUUUCAUAAAAGUAAUUUUGUGGGAAAUAUUUUUACUAAAAAGGGUUUCUAUGGGUCACGAGGAAACCAACCAACCGUUUUUGUAGCACACAAGUUUAUAAGAAAACGGCUGUGCCUUUUUUGUUGCCUUGAGAAAGAUUCUUAUUCCCAAGAACAUCUUGAUGUAGGAUUACCGGAUAAUGUAGGAAAGAGGCACUCUCAAAGCAAGAACAGAAAACAAGUAGAUUGGGAAGAUAUCGAUGAAGUUGUUGACGGAGGCUUUCUGAACAAAUUCCGACACGACUAUAUAGAAGGAAAAGAAAAACCUCUUGCGGAUGAGUUUUCAAAGAGUCCUAGCAAAGACACACAUCAUCUCAAGAAGAGUUCUCGUAGCUCGUCUCGUCCUUCAUCUUCCAGUCACUUCAAGUCACAACAAACUGUAACAUCGGCGGAAGAUAACAACAAAAUGUUCAAAACUGGUUCUAAUGGCACCAGGAGAAAUGAAGAGAGCAGAAAUACAAAGGACAAUAUUAAUACUGUCCAUGAUAUAUCAUCAGUUGCCAAUAACGUAGCAUCCAAGUUGUCCACACGACAGAUGUCCGAUACUCCAUCGCAAGAACAGAAAAGCAACUCAUCCAACCGAAGGAAAAGAAAGAAUAAUAUGUAUGUUUAUAAUAUGCAUUUACAACAAAACAAGAAUUCCGACAACUCAUUGUUGGUGACUCAUAUUCCAGAUGACUUUUGUGAAGCCAAAAUACUUGUUGAUGAAAGAGCCUUCAACAGAUUGGCAGCUAGUAAUUUUAUUUGCAUGGAACCUUGGAAAUGGAAACAUUUUCCAUAUCAAGAACGUUUUCAGCGACUAGUAAAACCUGAGUCAAAAAUGUGGAUCAAAAGAACAAACUCCAGAGAUAUCAAGACAUCGUUGGAUGAAUCAGAACCUACCACGAAUAGCAGCAAGUCGGUGUGGAAUCAUUCACAUGAUAUGAAUCGUCAUUCUUCUUCUCCUGCCAAAACAGCUUAUCACGAACGAAAGAAGAAAAAUACUCAGUGGAGGAAAUCUACUGCCGACUCUCUUUCUGAAAAUAAUACCUGAUGAAUGGAAAUAGCUUGUGAAUAGUGCACAAGUGGUUGAUUAUUCUGCUUGUUUGUGGAAAUAUACCUUACUAUAGAUAGACUAGGCAUAAGUAUCCAACAGCAAUGCAUAAAACCAACCAUUUUCAUUUCUUCAUCAUAACGACUAUUUAGAAACAAAUAGAAAAGAUAUCGACGAUGACGGCUUUCAACAUAUGUGUGAAGAGAUUCCCUAAGAACACGUCUCUAGUCAAAUUCGACCUCUUUCUCUAGUCUAACUAGUCCCCGUGUACAUUCUAUUCAACUAGAUGAGUCAGUAUUCUAAUAUCUUGUCGACUAUUGUCUCUAUUCAGAGUUCAUAU